GUUUCAUCCAACACUGUUCACCCUCACUUCCUUGAAUUCCUGACGGGGCUGGGAUGGAUGGUCAACGUCUAUCAACACCCUGGCUGGACGGGACAUGUAUCUACUGCCUUUACAGUAACUACACCGCCUCAAGAAGUAAUGGCUGACUUGAAUCAUGGAGGCAGCUGCUUCAGUGGCCGUUCUCAUGUCCUUUAUUGGUCUGAUGCUUUGAGUGAGGUAGCCUUUGUGGUGCCGUCUCCUGCCAUAGCUCAACAGAAUCAAGGCAGUCAGCAGUCCUUAGGGAGUACUUCCAGUCCUGGUGGGAUUGUCCUUGACCCAAAUGAAAAGGUUGCUGCAGGAGGUGGAGGUGGAUCUGGGAGUGAGCGCUCUGACUCCCUUCCUUCUUAUGAUCCAGAUGUUGAUGCAGGCUCAUCCCUCUCUUCACACACUUCACAGGUUUCUUUUGGACAUGGUGAAAAUAGGAAUAGGAAAUUUGGGAGACAGACAAGUGCUAUGGCUUGCAGUGACCACAAAGUGUUUGUUGUGUGGCUGGAGAGUUUUGAUGACUGCUACACUUUUCCAGCAAAUGAAUUGCUUCCUGAAAGUAACCGGCAGGGAGUCAAGCUCCUGGAAGGAAAAGGAAGCUGUCAUAUAUAUUAUAUUCAUUCAUGCUCUCACAAAUGGACUCUUCAGGAUUAA